AUGAAGAAUAAGUCGUAUGGAAGUAAUGAAAUAAUACAAAAAAUAGAAGAGGAGGAUGGGGAGGAGGAAAAGGAAGAGGAAGAGGAAGAGGAGGGGGAUGGGGAGGGGGAUGGGGAGGAGGAAAAGGAAGAGGAGGAGGAAGAGGAGGAGGAAGAGGAGGGGGAUGGGGAGGAGGAAAAGGAAGAGGAGGAGGAAGAGGAGGGGGAUGGAGAGGAGGAAAAGGAAGAGGAGGAGGAAAAGGAGGGGGAUGGGGAGGAGGAUGGGGAGUUAUAUGAAAGAAAAAUGAAUGAAUAA